AUGUUAAUGUCAUUCCGUGUAAAAUCUUCACUCGAAGUGGUCGCUCUCAUUCUGAGGCUUCCACCUAGAGCACGGUCUCCGGGCUCCAGCUACACCACCUACUACAUUCAGAGCUCGUCAAGGCGCAACUGGAUGGACUAUGCGCAGAAGGACGAGGCGAAGGACCGUAAGACCAUGCUUUCAACUCUUUCGACUACACGUUUGGACUUCUAG